AUGCCGUCCUCGAAGCCGUGCACUUCCGAUGUUGGCGUGCGGGAGCUGCAGACCACGUGCUAUUUCCCAUCCAGCUUCAUGCCAAACGGCGACCGGUUGCGGUUUGUUCCGGGUGGUGGUUUGAACGAUUACGCUGCGGAUGUUGACAUGCGGACGCCGACGCUUGCGCAGCCUUGCAAGAAAAAGGCAAAGCUGGCACACAAUCCGGAUGUGGACCUGAACGUGCUUUGCUGGGACAGCGUUUCUGCUGUGGUCCGAGACCCUGUAUUGCGUGGCAAGCUGAACCGUUUCUUGCGGAAAGCCUGGCCAUAUGCAUUGGGGAAUGCGAAAUCGGCAUCGGCAGUUUUGAAAGGCUGGGAUUACGGUGGUCAGUUUUGUGAACUCAAAGAUGGGAGCAGUACAGCACUUAAGGGGAACUGUUUGGUGCAGAUUGCCCAGUUAUGA